AUGUCAGCUUUGGCGACCACCUUCAAGGCUGCAGCAGUCCACGCCGCACCUGUCUUCAUGGACAAAGGUGCUACCAUUCAAAAGACAGUCGAAAUUAUCCACAAUGCUAAUGAUCAAGGCAUCGGAUUGCUGGUCUUUCCAGAGACAUGGAUACCAGGUUACCCGGCCUUCGUAAUGGCGUACGCUCCAAUGCAGACCUUAGGACUAAUCUCACAAUACUCCAAACAGUCGAUGCUGGUGCUUGACAGCUCUGGCCGACCCUCUCAGGAUAUGCAGAAGAUACUCUCUGCCUGCCAAGAAGCAGGCGUAUCGAUAGUGCUAGGGAUCUCCGAGGUCAGCGGUCAAAGCAAACACACGAUCUUCAGCAGCCAGGUCUUCGUCUCGGCAAAGGGUGAAAUUCUUGGAGUGCACCGAAAGUUGAUGCCGACCUAUGCUGAGAAGAAUGUCUGGGCCAACGGUGGAGGUGCCACACUGAAGUGCUGGGACAUGCCUCUCGCGGACGAUUCCUUACAAAAGUACAGAAUAGGCGGGCUGAUCUGUAGCGAGAACGCCAUAUACGCCGCAAAAGAUGCACUGGUCAUGGAAGGCGAGCAGGUGCACGCCGCAUCCUGGCCAGCCAUGUGUGCCUUCAAGGCGAUGAAGGCCACCUAUGCUGACCGCAUUCGGACUUUCUCGAUGAGCCACGCUUUCUCAGCAGGAGCAUUCGUGAUCGCUGCCAGCAUGAUCUUCAAAGAAGAGCAUCUCGCUUGGUUCGAGAGGCAACUUGGUCCGCAGCCAGGGGAAAUUGUUCUGGAAGGGAGUGGAUGGAGCGGCAUCGUGGCACCUGGAACAGGUGUUCUUGCUGAAGGGCAGGGCGUGGAAGACAGACUUGUCGUUGCCGAAAUCAAUCUGGGCAUGACUGAUAGCCCUGCGAAAGUCAUAAGCGAUAUGGCCGGUCACUACCGGAGGCCUGAGGUUUUGAAGAUUUCUGUCAAUCGAGAGAAGAUCUGGGAAGAUGAUGAAUUGGUCGCUACAGGGGGUCUAUCAAGCGCAACCUCUCACCCUUGA